UUCAAUGCUACUGGAUCCCCGAACACCACCCAUUCUCGAGCAGUACGUGCGGCUGCUGGUGGCAAUGGUAGCUCGCUGCCGCUAUCCCAAACUGGUGGUGGAGCUGCGGUUCCAGUCUCUGCAGUUCCCAAUACAAACACCACCUCAUCCAACUACUCGUCGUCCGGCGGGUCCGCAACCGGAGCUUCUACACGUCCCAGUGGGCCACGCGCGAACACCGAUGGACAUAGACUAUCUGAGUUGAGUUGCUCCGACUUACAAUUGCGCUUAAUCCCAUGCACAUCCUCGCCUUGCCCACCACCCACUCAGUCCCAGCAUUCCUGCAAUCCUUUAUCUGCCGGUCAUUCCGGACCGAAUUCGGUUGAUCAACAGCCGGGCAGUGUGUACGGCUCAGACUCGGUAGCCACACCCCAAGGACCUUCGUUUGGUCUCAUGUCACCCCAGCAGGCAUAUAACCCCAACACUCCGGUUGCAGCCCAAAUGGUCUCCCCCGUUGGUGGCAUGUCAAUGGCAUGUCAAUCGAACCCUAAUCCGAACCCCCAUCCUCAACCCUCCGUUCAGUAUCCCCCAUACCAACCACAACCACAACACCCUCAUCUUCACCACACACAGCAAACUUAUGCCAAUGCAACUGGACCACCUAUGUCUCCCAGUCCUGCUGGACAGGCUCCAUUCCGUCCCCCAUCGAAUGCAAAUUCACCAUCUGCACAGCCUCAACCUAUUCCUGGAACCGGAUUACCGUCUCCCUCGAACUCAUCAUCAACGGGUCGUGUUCGGGGUCGGCAGUACUCGCCCCAAGUGAAUCCGGCUGGUGCGAUUUCACAGUCAGGCAACACCAUCCAACCACAGCAACGUCAUGCCUCUCCGCAUCCGGUUCUGGCCGUUCAGCAUUGCGCUGCGAACCAAUCUCUUUGUUUGAUCCGAGACAACUUUGUUCCACAUGAUCGUUGCUUGUGUAAACGUGAGCGUUUGCAUAUCGACUUUUGGGCUCGCUCACACUAUCAUAUCACUACGUGA